AUGACGCCCACGAAAACUACAACAACUGAAGUAGAAAUGGUGAUACGAAAUAGAAAAACUGUUAUGAAAGACGGGAUCAUGACAAUGUCGGGUAUCGGCGAGCCUUCGGUUUUUCACGCUCUGGUGGUGAUAUUUUUGGAAUUCUUCGCAUGGGGAUUAUUGACGAUGCCAAUAAUAUCAGUGCUAAACGCUACGUUCCCCGACCAUACGUUUUUGAUGAACGGACUUAUAAUGGGUAUCAAAGGAAUUCUAUCAUUUUUAUCUGCACCUUUGAUUGGCGCUCUAUCGGACGUAUGGGGACGAAAGUUUUUCCUGCUGGUGACGGUUUUUUUCACUUGUGCACCGAUACCAUUAAUGACGCUAAACACAUGGUGGUUCUUUGCCAUGAUAAGCUUGAGCGGAGUAUUUGCUGUGACCUUCUCCAUUGUGUUCGCGUACGUGGCUGAUGUAACGACAGAAGCUGAGCGCUCACGAGCCUAUGGUCUUGUAUCUGCAACAUUUGCUGCCAGUAUGGUGAUAUCACCAGCAUUAGGUGCUUACUUGAUGAAUCUGUAUGGUGAAGCUCUGGUGGUCGUAGCUGCGACCGCAGUCGCCGUCCUCGAUGUAUUUUUCAUCAUGGUAGCAGUUCCUGAAAGUCUUCCCGAGAAAGUCAGACCAAGUGGCUGGGGGCCUGCUAUAAGCUGGGAGCAGGCUGACCCAUUCGCCGCGUUAAGGAAAGUGGGAGCAGACCGUACAGUGCUGAUGCUGUGUGUUGCAGUAUUUUUGUCAUACUUACCUGAAGCAGGACAGUAUUCUUGCAUAUUUGUGUACUUGAAAUUAGUGAUGGGAUUUGGUGUAGUGCAAGUGGCAAUUUUCAUCGCCAUAGUUGGUGUACUCAGCAUCGCUGUACAAGUGGUACUGGGUUAUCUAAUGAAGUCACUAGGGGCAAAACAUACAAUUAUGGUUGGACUUUUGUUUGAGAUGCUACAACUUAUGUGGUAUGGAUUUGGCAGUCGCACUUGGAUGAUGUGGGCAGCCGGGGUGCUAGCCGCCCUAGGAUCUUUAACAUAUCCUGCAAUCAGUGCCUAUGUGUCUGUUAACAGCAGAGCAGACCGACAAGGUGUUGUACAAGGAAUGGUGACAGGUGUCCGUGGGCUAUGCAAUGGUUUGGGUCCAGCCAUGUUUGGUGUAAUAUUUUACCUUUUCCAUGUGGAUCUCAAUGAAGAACAUGCUUUGGCUGGCAUGGAAGGCAGACCUGAUGAUGACAAAUAUAUUAGGAUUGUGCCUGGCCCUCCCUUUGUUUUGGGUGCAUUACUGGUGAUUUGUGCACUCCUAGUGGCUGCCUUCUUGCCCGAAGACAAUGUAGUGGCUGCACGGCGUACGCCUCCAGACCUGCGAUUUGAGAUUGAACAUGGCCGACGUGUUGCUGGCCCCCUGUCACCGUUGAUGGCUCCCGAGUCUGCAGCUCUCUAG